CUUCCGCUUCCGGCUCGUUGUUCCGGAAGUUGCUUUCUGAGAGAGAGUGUGGAGUAGUGUGGUGCUUGUGAGUGUCCAGCAUGGCGUACCGGGGCCAGGGCCAGAAGGUGCAGAAGGUGAUGGUGCAGCCCAUCAAUCUCAUCUUCAGAUACUUGCAAAAUAGAUCGCGGAUUCAGGUGUGGCUUUAUGAGCAAGUGAAUAUGCGGAUAGAAGGCUGUAUCAUUGGUUUCGAUGAGUAUAUGAACCUCGUAUUAGAUGAUGCAGAAGAGAUUCAUUCUAAAACAAAGUCAAGAAAACAACUGGGUCGGAUCAUGCUAAAAGGAGAUAACAUUACUCUGCUCCAAAGUGUCUCCAACUAGAAGUGAUAGAUGAAGUGAGAAAUUGUUUGGCAAUACCGUUGGGUUUUUUAGGUGUCUUUUGUUAGAGAUGUAGUUCUAAAACUUGUAUUCAUAUUGUUCUGCUCACCCUUAUGUUAUUACCAGAUGACAAUAAAUGCUGUGGGACUGUUUUUAUCAAAA